AUGUCCACAUCUGAGGCUGACAAUCUGUUCAAGGUCACCGGCAAAGUCGUACUAGUCACUGGCGGAAGCAGAGGUAUUGGUAAAAUGAUAGCUACUGGCUUUGUGAGGAACGGCGCCAAGGUUUAUAUUUCGUCUCGGUCCACGAACCAAUGUAACGCCACCGCUGCAGAAUUGGCAGCGAUAGGGCCGGGCGAAUGCAUAUCCGUCCCUGCAGACCUACAGAAGUUGGAGGAAGUUAAACGCCUUGUACAAGUCGUAGGAUCCCGGGAAGGCCGUUUACAUGUCCUGAUCAACAAUGCAGGUGCUGCCUGGGAAGAGCCCAUUGAUCAAUACUCGGACGCCGGAUUCUCUAAAGUAAUCAAUCUGAACCUUCAACGUGUCUUCACCUUGACCCAGAAGUGCUUGCCCCUCCUUCGAGCUGCUGCUGCAGAAAGUAUCCACGAUGAUAUUUGCACAGAUCCAGCGCGAAUAAUAAACAUUGGCUCUGUUGAAGGGCUAGGAGUGCCCAACCACGAGACAUAUGCUUACUCGGCGUCCAAGGCCGCCCUACACCACCUGAGCCGGAAUUUGGCAGGACGGCUGGGCUGGGAAGGUAUCGUUAGCAACACAAUAGCAUGUGGUCUUUUCGAAAGUAGAAUGACCGCGCAAACCUUGGCCGCUAAUAACGGAGAAGAAGUUUUGCGCAGUGUUCCCCUUCAGCGUAUCGGACGCCCCGAAGAUGUCGCCGGAACGGCACUAUACCUAGCUAGUCCUGCAAGUGCAUACGUGAAUGGUGCCACCAUCACCCUCGAUGGUGGAUAUUCCGUCUCUAUGACCUUGCACCGCCUGUGA